AUGCAAUCUUUAUUUCUAAUCCUGUCUGUUUUUGCGACACUGCUACUAAGUGCCUUUGGACAAGUGAAAACAGAUUAUGAACGUAUGAUAAACCGAACAGUCACGUUAGUCGUGCGUGUACGUAUGUAUACACAAUUGGACCCAUGUCGAAAUGGAGCCGUUUGCGUAGGUGAUGGAGUAUUAGGCGAAUACACAUGCCGCUGCUUGUAUGGCUGGGCUGGAAAAAACUGUGACGUUAACACAUUUCAAAAUUGUGGUUAUAAUUUAUAUGAAAAUACUGGAGAACUUAUAAGUCCUAACUACCCCGUAGGAUACGGCAAUAAUCAGAAUUGUCACUACAACGUACGUGUCCACGGUGCCAAACAGCUAACAUUCACCGUACGGGCGUUCGAUACAGAGUUUGAUAAGGAUGCGUUACAAUAUGCGCCUGGAUUAUUGUGGAAUUUCACUGGUAAUUAUAGUGUAUUGCAAGGCAAUCUCACCACUGUUCCACAACAGUUCACCAUCCAGGGAGGCAAUGCCUGGUUUGUGUUCGAAUCUGACCGUAAUAUAGAAAGGCCUGGCUUUUAUAUUACAUAUCAGACAACUGAGUCGAGUAACUGUGCGUCAAAUCUUUGCCAGAAUGGAGCUUUCUGCACCGACCUGCUGAAUGACUAUAUAUGUACUUGCCCAUCAGGGUUCGAAGGCAGAAAUUGUGAGAUUAAUGUUGAUAACUGUGCCGGCGUCGUGUGUUCAGGUGGCAAGAUCUGCGUAGAUGGUAUCGACACAUACACAUGUAGGUGUCCACCUGGUUAUACAGGGUUCAACUGUAAAACAUCCUGUAUUUACCAAUGCCAAAAACACCUAAAACCUAAGUGUGGCAGCGAUGGCCUAACGUAUCGAAACCGAUGCUACUUGUUGAAUGCCAAAUGUCUGGAUCCAAGUAUAUCCAUGGUAUCACGAGGCGCAUGCACAAAUACAGGACCAGUAGCUAUUAUUGGGUUUAAGAGACGCAAAUGUAUUCAGGCACCGGCACAGGGUGGUAGCUCAAGCUCGGAGACAAAGUUUGUUAAAUGUCCUGCUACGCAAGGUAAAGGUUAAAGGUUAAUAAUUAAUUUAUUCAUUUAUUUAUUCAUUCAUUCAUUCAGAGAGAGCAUACACAUAUCUGAGUAGAUCGUCACCUGUUGUUGGACAUAAUAAACGAAUGAACAAACGAACAAAUAAACUUAAUAAACGAACAUAAGAACAAAUGACUGAUAUGAUUAAACAAUAAACUAAUGAAUGACUGCAUGAAUAAAAACGAAUUAAUAAAUGAACGAACAAAGAAAUUGAUAAGUUGAUAAAAAGACGGAUAAAUGAAUCAAUAUUAUAAGUAUGUAAUCUCAUACAAAGAUAGAAUGCAUACAAAAUUUGCAUGGUAAAAUUAAGAUUUGAUGGAAAUGACAUUUAGACUGAGGAAAUAUGUCCAUUCUGGACUCAAAUAGGCCUAAUUGAUAAAAGUAAAUUAUUAAGAUUGUUAGGCCUAACAAACUACAGCAGCAAUAUGCUUUUUAUGGUAAUCGAUCGUGUUCUCUCGGUUUAUUUUUUGU